GAGGGACGCAGCUGCCCCUGGAGGAAGCAGGGCGACAUCCUGUAUACUUGAAAAGAAAACUGAAAGUGCCCUUCUUCACAAGAAACUAUUGUGUUUUCCUCUUUUUUCAUAACCCACAGGGAAGGUGUCAGCCGGCUGGAGCCCACCCCGAGGAGCCCCGUGCUAUAUGAUACGGGUCCUGGUGAUAGGAACCUCUCUUCUGGCUGUUAACAUGCAUUCCUGUGUAGAUGUGGAAAGAGAGAAAGCAUGCCGGAGCGGGAGCUAGGAUAGGAAUGAGUCUGCAGCACAGAGAAGUCAUGCAACGGGCCUGAGAACUCACAGCAAACCCCGACUAUCUGAGAUCCGCUGAGAUGACUGAAGUGAUGAUGAACACCCCAUCCAUGGAGGAGAUGGGCCUCAGCCCCCGAAAGGACGGCCUUUCCUAUCAGAUCUUCCCCGACCCGUCGGACUUUGACCGCUGCUGCAAGCUCAAGGACCGCCUGCCGUCCAUUGUGGUGGAGCCCACGGAGGGCGAGGUGGAGAGCGGGGAGCUCCGGUGGCCCCCCGAGGAGUUCUUGGUCCAGGAGGAUGAGCCGGACAACUGUGAAGAGACAGAGAAAGACAACAAGGAGCAAUAGAGUCCCUGUCGACCUCCUCGGGGGCCACACCAGACGGCAUCUGUCCCUGAACUGUGUUCUUUCCCAUUGUGAUGGAAGAAGGAAGUGAGCCACAGUCGUUCUGAAAAUGUCCAAUGAUGGCUUCCGUUUUGCACCUGCAAA